AUGACUUGUGGAGCGAGAGCGACCCAGGCGGCUUGCGUUGCUGCGUCUGCUGAACUAUUCGGCGACGAGGCCCUUAUCAGAACGUUUCGCCUCCAACCGCAGGCCUCCAGCGCUGAAACGGAUGGGUUUUCGAAGAAGAUCUCGAACCUAAGCCAACAUAUUGUUACUUUCGACAGGCACAAGCAAUGCCAGACUCAGUUCAAUUACAUAGCAAUAUCCCAUGUGUGGGAUCCCACCAUCUCAGACGCACACGUACAAGGACCGACUACUCCUUUCAAGACAAAAGCGCGAAACCACAUUUUCGAGGCGCUUGAGCGUUUGAUCACCGGCAUUGGAGGCAUUAUCGACGAAGACACCGAGAUUUGGUACGACUAUAUCAGCGUACCGCAGUGGGAAAACGACUUGAAAGUCCGCAUUCUCGGGGCCAUUCCGGAUAUUUUCUACGAUGCCGACUUUACUCUCGUCGAUCUGGACGACGUUACAGACGAUGCCAUCAGCUUACUUCGUCAUGGCAAAACGACGGAAGAUCGCAUCGCAGGCGUCACCGGCGUAUGCAAUGCGAAGUGGUUCAAGCGAGUCUGGACUGUGAUGGAGUAUGUCCGAAGCCGCAACGUCAAGGGAAUGAACCAGGAAGGUCGCAUCUUCGACGAGGUCGUGCUCCUCGGCGAAGUACUUGGGGUGUGGGAGGAAGAGCGUAGGAAAGUGGGCAGUGUCCAGGAGCUCGAAGCUCUCGCGCAAAUGGGCAAGAACAUCGUACCCUGGAACCUCGGCCGCCUCACCGAAGGCCGCGCGCUGAAGAGGCUCGAUUUUGGAAAUGCAUUCAAUCUGCUCUCUAGGAGGGGUUGCAGAUCCAGCCGGGAUUUCUUCCACGCUCUGCUCGGUAUCGUAAAGGCGGACUUGAAGGAGCCCCUAAAAGACGACCCUGUGCAAGCAAUGCUCCAAAUUGCUACUAGCUGUAUGGAAGCUGGGGACUAUAGUCCUUUGCUCAUGGUUCCCCGCUCCGAGAUCGAGUACACGUCCAACGCUCCGGAUUUGUUCCACAAGUGCGGCUACACGGACGUGCUCGCAUUCGGCCUUGGAAUUCAGACGGGGUUUCCUACUUUCCACUCGGAAUCUAGCUUUGGAACGGACAAGUCGCAUUUGAAAUUGGAGCAGAUUGGGCUCGUUACCUAUGCCUCGACGUACACACUCGGCCACGCUCCAAUAUACAGCUUCCUUCAAAUUGCUAGGACUGUACUGAGCCACACCGGGCCCGAUCUCGAACAAUUCGUCACCACUAUCGGAGCGCGGCUAUACAACUUCCAUGAUGACGACGUCGCCGAUGUAUUGUCCGACAAGGAAAAGACCGGCAGGCUUCAAGGCAUAUUGACACAGUGGUACAACAAGACGCAAUGCUGUCUAUUCGAGCAGAUGCGCCUUGAUACCGUUCAAGCCGUUGCAGACCUCCUAGGCGUAACGGCCAUACUUCCCAAAACCCACGACGUUGUCAGUCCUCUGGGUUUCAUCUACGAGCACGGGGGCACCCUGCACAAUGGCAAUCCGGGCAGUAUCAUCGCAGCGAGAUGUCCGGGGUGCCAUGAGACCUUUUUCUAUCGUGCCGGACUGUACGGAUCGCCAGCAAAUGUACGCGGCUCGGUGGCUUAUCGAAUCGCUGGUCUAAGGCAUGACGGCGCUCGCGAGGAUGGUCUUGGUAUUCUAGUGAAGGAUGGCGUUAUUACUGGCCGUUUGAUAUGGGCUUCGAGGGCGUGCGAGUGUCGGCAUCCUGAGAUGGUUGAUGUUUCGUUGCGUAAUUUGCCCAUGCGAAUGCCGAGAGAUGACCCGUGA